AUGUCUGCAUGCAGUUACGAGGUUCUUCAUGAGUGGCAUUCCUUCAUGUUGGAGCGGCUGCAGCAGCAGCCGCCACCAGGCUGUGCAAAACCCAGCAUUGAGCAGAUCUUGCGUGCAGACCGGAUCGCAUGGGUCAGGUUGGCCGAGCGUGUGCAUUCGCUUCGGAGGACUGCCUCAGGGGCGCUUCCGCUUGAUGCAGCAAUUGCCGAUCUCAAUAAGGACCCGACUGUUCUCUUCCACUUGCUCCCUGCUCGGGAGACCAAGGCUCCUGAGAGGCCGCAGCGAGAUCCUUCCAAGAAGGACGAUGACAAGAAGAGAAAGAUUGAUGAGAAGAAGAAGGCCACGCCUGCUUCCACCAAGGUUCAGAAGAGCGAAAUGCCAGAUGAACUUAAAUCGAUUCCCAACCUUCUGACUGUGUCCGAGUCAGGAAUGCAAGGAAAACAAGGAGUGACUCUCGAGUGGGCCAUCCGAUGGCCCACGUCCACCGAAGUGCAUCAGAUUGUGCCAGACCGGCGAGGUUCGGCUGAGCAAUCCACUGUUCAUGCCGAUGUCCGAGAGUCUCCAGACCGAGGUGACAUUCGUGCUUUGUUCAACAUGCUGCCGCAUGAGACCCCCCCACGCGGGGAUGGAGCUGGCGUCCUGACUGCCAUGGUUCGGAAGUGUGCGCCUUCGCACUCGUUCACCAGCUUGAAUCUUUUCUUCAAUGUCAAAACGGCCUUGCACAUUGAUGUCAACAACGAGCAGCUGCCAAACAUAAUCAUUGGCAUCAGUGAUUUUCGAGGCGGGCAGGUGCUUGUUGAGAAUCCCAGGGGGUCUCACGUCAUAUCCACGGCAACUGGAGGUGUUCGUGCGGACCUUCUUGAAGUUGCAGGAACCCAUGCCGUGUUUGAUGCAUACCGGCUAAGGCAUGAGACCGUUGACUGGACCGGUGAUAGGUUAGUCCUUGUUGCCUUUUCGGUUAAGGGUUCCCACUUGCUUUGCCCAGACGAUCGCACCGAGUUGAUUGAGCAAGGCUUUGUCCUUCCGUCGAUGUCCGAGUGCUCCACCAAUGACCCGCCGGCCAAGUCGCUGGCGUGCGAUCCCUCAUGUCUUCCCUUAGGCUUGAAAGAUCGCUGUCAUGACAAAUGCUUGGGGGACAUGCUCUUCCUUGAGAUCUUCUGUGGCACUGGAGGCCUAGUCAUCGAGUGGUGUCAACGGGCCGGCAUUUUGCUGGUCGUUGAGAAUCCGAUGGCAAGCAAGCUUUGGCAAGG